AUGAACAAAACCAAAGAUGAAGACAAUCAAUUCACCCCCGAACAAGAUUCUUCCGAACAAUUGUCUCCUCUGGAACAAUAUCAAAACAAUGUAAUAAUGCAACAAAUAUAUUUUAACACUCCUCCUAUUGUUGUCUCUAAUAGAGAAUAUAUCCCAGAAAAACCAUGUCAAGAUUUAUUACAACUAUUUACAAAAUGUGAGAACGAAUAUAAAAACAAUAGAAGUGAUAUUAUGUGUGCAGAAUUUAAGGAAUCAUAUCUAGAAUGUAGAAGAAAAUUCAAUUCAUUGAAAAAGGAAAUUGAGGCUGAAAAUUUGGUUAGAUCCAAAGUGUUCUAUUUUACUGGAGAAAAUGUAAAUGUUGCUUCGGUAUCCAAACCUAAUUCAGUGAUCAAAGGCAAAGUAAUAGAACAAUAG